UUUUAUAUGUCUCAACCGUUAAGAGUAGAUGAAUUUGUUGAUGAACUUCGAAAAUAUGAUAGAAAGGAGGAUUUUAUGGCUGUAAUGAGAUAAUAUGAACAAAGGUACUUUAAAAUAAGAUUUUAGAUAUUAUGAUUAAUUUGAAUAAUAUGCAAAUAACAAUUUUCCUCCUGAAUUAUAGAGAUAACAGAUACCAAAACAAGAAUAUUUAUUUAAAUAAUAACCAUAAUAUUAAAAACCUCCAAUAGUUCGUUCAAGUUCAGCUAAUAAAUUGGAUUACUAAGAAUAAUAUUAAAUAUUUCCUUAAUAGUAAAUACAAGCACCAUAAAUACCUUAAAUACCAUAAAGACCAUCUUCAAGAGGGGAGAUACAAGAUCCUUUUAAGAGGCCGCAAGAUCAAUUUGACUAUAGAUUGAGUCCUGUUACUUAAUAAGAUCCCUUUAGAGGUUUAAAUAAAUAGCAAUAUAAUUCACAAUAAAGAAAUCCUACUUAAAUUCCAAGUCAAUAAGUUCCAUUUUCACCAUUUUAAGCUGUUUAAGGAUAAGGUUUAGUAAAUAAUACUUAAUAAAUUGGCUUACCCUUUGGUAAUCAGGUCGGCCCUAUUGUUAAUCCACAAUUCUAAAAUUAUGGAUAACAAUAAUAGCAAUAAUAAUUUUACGAACAACCAUAAUAUUCAUAGCAAACUGUAUAAUUCCCUAAAGCACUGCCAAAUCAACAAUUGUAAAUGGAUGCCUUUCUUAAUGAUAUAAAAUCAUAGAGGAUUUAAAAAUAAUAAUAAUAUAAAUGAC